AUGGCUCCCGCUCCGCUCCGGCCGCGCGCCCCGCCUCGACUGCUGCUUGCCGCCGCACUCCGCCUCGCAGGCCCCGUGCUGUCCGCGACCCGCGCGCCUAGCUCCUCCUUCGCGUCGUCGCCGUGUGCCCGCACGCCCCGCCGCGGCCUCGUCCCCUACCCGCUCCGCCCUGCACUGCCGCCACGCCUGCGCCCAUCGUCGUUGCCUCCCGCUCCCCGCGUCGGUGCCCCGCUAGUCUCGCCGCACCAGGCCGCGUCCACGCCCGACGCCGUCGGUGCCCCCUGCGUCCCGCGGCCCCCUGUCGGGCGGCCGCAACUGCGCCAGUGCCCGUGCUCGCGGUGGUCCAAAUGGUCCCCGGUGACCGUUUUCCGACCGUGGCCGAGCCGCGCCGCCGUCCUGGAGGUCACCGCCGGCGCGUCAACACCGCCCGCCGACGUGGCCGGCCUGGGGCCACCCCCUGGGUCACUGACCCGUGGACCCCAGGGGCCCGACCGGCCUAUUGACCCGGUCCACCAUGUUGACUGGACCGGCCCGUGCAACUGA